AUGAGUUGUGUUCUUAUAUUAAGAGUAUCUUGUAUUUUAUGGGGAUUGGGUAUAAAUGAGGUAGGUUGGUUAAUUAUAGUUUGUGCAGUGGCUUUGUUAGUUGUUAUAAUAGACUGCCCCUUUAAUUUCUAUAUUCUAAAAAGGGAGUGGUUAGGAGUAGAUGAGAUAAGAGUUUUAAUAGUCUUAUUGUGUUUAUUAGUAAGAAUAAUAAGGUUAGUAAGAAGAACUAAAGAGGUAAAAAAUGGUUUUGUAGUUCUAAUAAGUGGGUGGAGUGUAGUAGAAAUAGUAAUAUUUAUUUGUUUAGGUAGUGUGUUGUUUUUUUCUGUAUGUAGAUGAAUGGAUUUCUUCUUCUUUUUUGAGUUCUCGUUAGUCCCUACUUUUUUUUUAAUUUUAAAGUGGGGUUAUCAGCCUGAACGGUUACAGGCUGCUGUAUUUAUACUACUUUAUACCGUUGGUUCUUCUUUACCUUUAUUAAUAAGUUUAAUUUAUUUUUGGAGUAAUAUUAAAAGAGAUAAUAUACUUUUAUCUAAAAUAGUGGGRGGYUGAAAAGAUUUUAAUAUAAAUUGACCRUGGUUAAUUAUAUCUCUUAGUUUUUUAGUAAAAUUACCAGUCUAUGGUGCUCAUGCUUGACUUCCUAAAGCUCACGUUGAGGCUCCUUUAAGUGGUUCAAUAUUAUUAGCUGGGGUAUUGUUAAAAUUUGGUGGCUAUGGGUUAAUUCGGCUUAUAUGGUUUAGAGAGGUUACUAAUAGUACAAUUGUCUUAUUUGUUUUAGUGUUUUCUUUAUGAGGGGGGGUUUUAAGAAGUGGGGUUUGUUCAUGUCAAAGAGAUUUAAAGUCUUUGAUUGCAUACUCUUCUAUUGGUCACAUAGCAUUAAGAUUAAGUGUUUUAUUAAGUUUUUAUAGGGUUGGAAAAAUAGCAUGUGUUUGUGUGUUAUACUCUCAUGGGAUUUGCUCCCCUAUUUUAUUUUCUUUAGCUGCUAACUCAUAUGAAUUUUGUCAGUCGCGAAGAAUUAUACUAAGUAAGGGUAUUAGCCGAAUUUUUCCUAUUAUCUCUGGUGUUUGGUUUUUCUUUUGUAUCUUAAACAUAGGGUUUCCACCGUCAUUAAACUUUUUUAGGGAGGUUUAUAGAGUGGGUGGUUUACUUAGAUUACAGUGGCUUUUAGGUCUUAUAGGGGGUUUAAUAUGUUUGAUAACUGGUGCUUACUGUUUAAUUUUAUACAGAUUAGUAAAUCAUGGGGUAGUUAGAAGAAUAGUUUUUAAGCCUGGGCUGAAUCUAAGAUAUCGAUAUUUAGUUUCUUCUGUGUUUGGGGGGGUGUUACUUUUAGGGGGAACCUUGUGUUUAGAUAUAUUUUUUGUAUAG